CACAUUUAUUUCUAAAACCGCAACACAUAGUAAUUACAACAACAUCCCACUUAAUAAAUCGCUUUUUUAUUUACUUGUAUAUGAACAUAAAGUUUUUUGCAUAAAUUGAUUUAGAAUGGAUAGUGUAGGAAAAGUAAACUGUAUAGCUGUCGAUGGAAGCGAAUCAAGCAAGCACGCGUUUAAUUGGUAUUUAGAAAAUUUUCAUAAUAAUAAUGAUACAUUAGUUAUAUUACACGUGACUGAAAUUCCACGAAUGGCAUUAAUGGGGCUGAUGGGUGCUUAUGCAUCAAUUGAUAUUUAUCAAGAUGUUGUUGAAAGUAAUGCGAGAGAGGAUGAACAUAUGAUGCAAUAUUAUUCUGAUAUUUGCAAAGAAAAACACAUAAAAUAUAACUCUAUUAUUGUAGAAAAUUGCUACGGUGUUGGGCAUGACAUUUGCGAUUCAGUUAAAAAAUGCCACGGCACCGUUAUUAUUUUGGGGCAAAGAGGUCUUGGAAAAUUUAGUCGAUUUGUACUAGGUAGCACAAGUGAUUACGUCUUACACCAUUCCAAUAUUCCAGUGAUUGUGGUACCUGAUGCAAAGCCUUCUGAAAGUUAAACCACGAAUUACGUUUAAAUUUUCUUCAUUGAAGAAAAAUCUUUAGUUCUUUUGUUUUUAUAAAAUGACUUGUUUUCUUUA